CUUGCAUGUUUACAAUUUAAUGGAUAUCUGUUACUGUUUAGUAAUCUUUGGUGUAUGACGUAAAUAUCGUAUUUUAAUUAAUUGACUCCUCAUAUCACUCAUGUAUCUUUCAUACCAAGAAAAUGAAUUCCAAAAAAUUCAUGAAAGUUGAUAAAAUAUCAUAUUUAUAGGUCAUUGUACCUUUCGUUGUGAUUUUGAUUAACAUAAGCGAGUUUGUUGGUGGUAAAAUGUCUACUUCAGAGACUGGUGUGGGAUGUAUUAGCGAAGUUACACUUGCUAUUAGUAAAGCAAGGACUUCUCAAGCAGGAUCCAUAAGGGUACUCGACAGUCCUGAUUCGGAUGGAUCUGGCCGUUCGAACUCGUUUUCCAUACAACGAUUUAAUUAUCCUAAUGAGAAUACAAAUUCUAACAUUCUUCCACCCCCCUUAACAAACAAUGAUUUAAGAAUACCUAUUGUCGGAUAUGAAGUUAUGGAAGAGAGAGCUAGAUUUACAGUAUACAAACUUCGUAUAGAAUUGAAGAAUGGUGAUUGUUGGUUUGUAUUUAGAAGAUAUACAGAUUUUGUACGCUUAUUUGCUCAAUUGAGAAGACAAAAACUUCCAAUCUCACAUUUGUCUUUACCACAAAAAAAAUGGCUUGGAGACAAUUUUGCACCUAGUUUUUUAGAAGAAAGGAUACGUGGUCUACAAGCAUUUGUUAAUGGGAUAUUAAGUAAUCCAAUUCUCAUAGGUAGUGCUUGUGUUAGACAAUUUUUUUGUCUCGACGAACCACCCGCGUUAUCUGAUACCGCAGAAGAAUCUAGGGCAAUUUUUGAAGCAAUGGAAGAUACAAUAUAUCAUUUAAGACAACAACUUAGAGAACGGGAUAAUGCUCUGGCAGCAGAAUCCGCACUUUGCAAUGAAUUACAAAAGAAUCUACAUCAGAUGUUAAGCGAAAGACAGAUCUGUCCUAAAUGUGGCGCAAAUCAAUAAAUUCCUCUAAAAAAAAA